UGCGCGCUCUAGAGGCUGCGCUCGGCGCGCGCGUGAUAAAGGCUCGGUGCUCCGAGGCGCGUGUUUGUGUGUUUGUGUGUAGUUUUGUGUAGUUUUGUGUGGUUUGUGUAGUUUGUGUUGGUCAUCAGCACAGAAGCGGCUUAAAUGUAGAAGCAUCGCAAGAUGGCGGAUCUCUCUCUGCUGCAGGACUCGCAGGAGGACACGGAUGGAUUGCUGGAUUUCGUGUCUCAGGAUGAGAUGUUGACUCCUCUGGGCCGACUGGACAAGUACAUCAGCAGCGAGAACGUCUUUAACAGGCAGAUGGUGGCCCGCAGUCUUCUGGACACACUCCGGGCCGUCAGCGAGGAUGAGCACGAGUGUGUGUCUGUGCUAGAGCGGAUCGACCGACUCGCAGACGACUCAGAGCCGACGGUUCGAGCGGAGCUGAUGGAGCAGAUCCCUCACAUCGCCAUCUUCUGUCAGGAGAACAGACCUUCCAUUCCGUCCGCCUUCUCCAAGUACCUGCUGCCCAUCGUGGUCCGAUACCUGGCUGACCAGAACAACCUGGUGCGUAAGACGAGUCAGGCGGCGCUGCUGGUUCUGCUGGAGCAGGAGCUGAUCGAGAGAGGAGACGUGGAGAGUCUGGUGUGUCCCGUCCUGGUGGAGCUCACGGCCCCGGACAGCAGCGACGACAUCAAGACCGAAGCCAUGGCGAUAAUUUGUAAGAUGGCUCCGAUGGUGGGGAAGGACGUCACCGAGCGACUCUUUCUGCCGAGGUUCUGUGAGAUGUGCUGCGACUGCAGGAUGUUUCACGUGCGCAAGGUUUGCGCGGCGAACUUCGGGGACAUCUGCAGCGUGGUCGGAGGAGAGGCCACCGAGGAGCUGCUGCUGCCGCGGUUCUUCCAGCUGUGCUCUGAUAACGUGUGGGGCGUGAGGAAAGCCUGCGCCGAGUGUUUCAUGACCGUGUCCUCGUCCACGUCUCCAGAGGUGCGCCGGACCAAACUCUCCACGCUGUUCAUCAGUCUGAUCAGUGACCCGUCACGCUGGGUGCGUCAGGCGGCCUUUCAGUCGCUCGGUCAGUUCAUCUCCACCUUCGCCAGCCCCAGCAGCGACGUGGGUCAGUACUUCAGAGACGAGGCCGAGUGGAGCGGGUCACAGACACACAGCUCAAGCGCAGACGGGGUGUGUCCGGCGCAGGACUCCUGUGAGGCGGAGGAGGGCGGAGGAGAGCAGACGGCCGAGGUGCUGAGCGCAGACGAGCCCUGCUGCGCAGACGCAGACGAGCAGAAGUGCCUUCCAGAGCAGACGCAGCCUUCAUCCGACUCUCCUCCUCCUCCUCCAGCGGCGCAGGAGAUCCCGGAGCAGGAGCUCUUCAACUCCUUCCACUUCUGGAGGACCCCGAUCCCUCAGAUCGACCUGGAGCUGGAGCUGGAGCAGGACCGGCGCUCCGAGGCCCCGGCGCUGGGCAGAAGACAGCUGCAGGAGCUGAUCGAGAACCUGGAGCCCCACAUCGACGACCCCGACGUCAAAGCACAAGUGGACGUCCUGACAGCUGCUCUGAGAGCCUCGGCGCUGGACUCUGGACUCGAAGACGCUUUCCUGGAGCCUCGAGCUGCUCGAUCAAACCCCUUCAGCUCCCAGCAGCCCUCAGAACAUCUGUCAGCCGGCACACAGAGACGUGACUCCUCUCUACACGUGACUCGUGACGAUGAUGAUUCUGACGUGAGCGACAGCAGCCUGAGCGCAGAAGACGAGCGGAGAUCCAAACAGCAGGAUGUGGUUCCGCAGGCGCUGCUGGAGCAGUAUCUGUCGAUGACCGACCCGUCUCGCGCUCAGACCGUGGACAUGGAGAUCGCUAGGCACUGCGCCUUCAGUCUGCCCGGCGUCGCUCUGACUCUGGGACGACAGAACUGGCACUGUCUCCGUGACACCUACGAGAUGCUGGCCUCCGACAUGCAGUGGAAGGUGCGGCGGACGCUGGCGUUCUCGAUCCAUGAGCUGGCUCUGAUUCUGGGGGAUCAGCUGACCGCUGCUCAUCUGGUGCCGAUCUUCAACAGUUUCCUGAAGGAUCUGGACGAGGUUCGCAUCGGCGUUCUCAAGCAUCUCUACGACUUCCUCAAGCUGCUGCAUCAGGACACUCGGAGGAAGUAUCUGUAUCAGCUGCAGGAGUUUUUGGUGACAGAUAACAGUCGUAACUGGAGGUUUCGCUCAGAGCUGGCCGAGCAGCUGGUGCUGCUGCUGGAGCUGUACAGUGCUCAGGAUGUUCAUGAUUAUCUUCGGCCGCUGGCUCUGUGUCUCUGUACUGACCGUGUGUCGUCUGUACGCUGGACGUCCUACAGACUGGUAAGCGAGAUCAUCAGGAAGCUGUCGUCCUGCUCGUCUCUGCUGGUCAGUUUUCUGGGCGAGCUGGUGGAGAAGUUCUGUCACUCUCCGAAGUGGUCCGGUCGUCAGGCGUUCGCCUUCGUCUGCCAGUUGUCCAUCGAGGAGGAGUGUCUGUCUCUGGAGCAGUUCUCAGAGCAUCUUCUUCCUCCUCUUCUUCAGCUGGCGUCUGACCCGGUUCCUAAUGUCCGAGUGCUUCUGGCCAAAACCCUGCGUCAGACGCUGCUGGAACGAGAGUACUUCCUGAGUUCGUUGAACUGCCAGCAGGAGGCGCUGGAGCACACACUCGUGGCUCUGCAGACAGACGUGGAUAAAGACGUCAAAUACUUUGCGAGCGUUCACCCCAGCAGCACCCGACUCAACGAGGACGCCAUGAGCACCACGUCCUCCACGUACUGACCGCUGUCCCAGAACGCACCUCUCUGAUUUCGCCACAGAAGCCUUAAUCACGUCUUCCAGAGAACAGGACUCUGAUCUCAAGGGCUGAGCGUCGCGGCGCAGCACAUUGUUGCGCUGACGGACGAGUGUUUUUAACGGAUUUCUCGAGCGCUCCGCUCAAUCUCAGAUGACUGGAGAGUUUUAACUGUACAUACUGCUGUGUUUUUGAUCAUGAAUAGCGCUGAUGUUAUUCUCUUAAUCUGUCCAAUAAACUUUCACACAAAA